AUGCCCGUCUAUCUAAUCACUGGUGUGGGGCGAGGUCUCGGUUAUGCUUUGAUGAGAACACUAGCUAGAACCCCAGGAACCACCGUAAUCGGCCUUGCCAGAAGCAAGGUUGCGGUGCAACAGCGCAUGAAAUCCGAUGGAUUCAAUGCACUUAUCCUCGAAGCAGACAUAACCAACCAGUCUGCUCUAAGUCGCGCCGCAGAAAUCGCCGGAGAGUUCCUCAAGGGUAAGGGUAUCGAUAUAAUCAUCAACAAUGCUGGUUAUGUGAGCCAUACGACCGAGCUGAAAUCACUCGAAGACUUUGAGAGUGAUAUGCAAGCUGCCAUUGAUGACACCUACAGGAGUAUCGAGGUGAAUGUUUUUGGUACUUUCGGGGUUAUCAACACAUUCCUGCCAUUUGUCAAGCAAGGAGAGCUCAAGAAGGUCAUCUCGAUUUCCAGUGGCAUGGGAGAUAUCGACUUUAUUAACGAGAUCCAACUGCCUAUUGCAGCUCCUUAUGCUGUGAGCAAAGCAGCCCUCGCAACAUUGACAGCGAAAUUCGCCGCUGCAUAUGCACACCAAGGAAUUCUCUUUGCAUCGAUUUGCCCAGGUCGAAUCGAUACUACAGAACCAGGGACUACCUUGACCAGCGAUGAUAUGGCCCAACUCGAGAAAUAUGGACCGAAGUUUGAGCAAUACGCUCCUGGGUACAGGCCCAUGUCACCCGAGGAAGCCGCAAAGAACGUCCUGGCUGCGAUACAUCGAUCUUCACUCGCCGGUGGGUAUAGCGGCUCGUUCUUGAGCCAUAAUGGGACCAAGCGAUGGAUGUAA